AAGCCGCGCCAUGCACCACCUGAUCGUUUUCCUCGCCAUCCUUGCUGUGGCUGCCGCCGCCCAAAUCAACAUAAUGAUUCCCGGCUUAGUGGCCUACGACGCCCCCGGCAUGGCAAGUGCUGACGCAAGUGCCGACACCGUGGCAUACGCCGCCCCCGGCAUGGCAAGUGCUGACACCGUGGCCCACGCCGCCCCCAAGAUGGCCAGUGCUGGGAGUAUCGUAGUUGGGCCGGACCCUUCUCAGGAGCCGCUCGUGGGACUCAGGUUCAGCAUUCCUGAGCUGCCAGAAGCGACACCAUCCUGUUUACCGCGAGCUGCAGCCGUCCACGUCAACAAGACAGCCGAGCUGACGAGCAGAGCGGCGGAGAGCAAUCCGCCAAUCACUACCCAAGAAUAAACAACCAAUGAACGAUCAGCCACGCCUCCGUCAAAAGACAGGCAACGACACACUGUUGUAUUUUUUUUAUCAAUUUCGCUCUAAUUCAACCGCCAGAUAAAUAUAUUUUAAUUACUUGUUUAUUUUAAGUUCUUUUGGAAUACAAAUCAUGUAUGAUAUACACAUUUUAACGUAACAAAAAUGCGAAUAAAUACAAAUUAUUUUCAUAAAGGUUUUACCGGAUAUUCUGGUAUGUUCUUAAGUUAACACAAUAAAGUACAAAUGUUUGUAACUUGAAUAUACCGGCCAAAUUUGGGAAAAAAAAGAA